AUGAAGCAGGCUUUUCUGUUUGUACUCUCUGCAUUCUGGACACUAACUGCAGCGCAAAACUACUACCAGGGACUCAUGGACUACCUGGAUAACAGACUGUUGGCCAUCGAGGACCGUAUGCAGUUAUGGCACGACCAAAACCGCCGCUACCACUCGGAGCAACAGGACUUUAAGAAGCUGACCCAGGAGCUGAUGGAGGGUCUGGGGGGAGAUUUCAGCGCCUUCUAUAAGGACCUGAGUGGAGCAGACAUUCGGGUGCAGCGGGCGGAGAGGGAGAUGGAGUAUGUGGAGACGUGGACCUCACCCCGAGCCUGCGUGCGCCCAGAGGAGAGGGUGCUCGAGCGGGGAGAGUGGAGCCUAAAGGAGAGCAGAGUACCUGAGGGAGAGGACCACGACUGGGAGGAGGUGAAGGCCCAAGUGUCUGAUUGUGAGGACGUCGUCUCCGGUAUCAGGUCGGUGAAGAUUCUGAAGAGGGCGGGCGGUCCGAAGGGCGUGUGGACUCCGGACCCCAAAUCCUCCAAGGUUUUUGUCUUCAACGGGACGUCAGGAGACAGUGUGUUCCAGUUUAACUCUGUCAGGGACUUCUGCAGCUCCUCUGGUCUGAACAGCAGCUCUUCACUCAGACUCGGUGUGGACUGGACUGGAGCCGGGAGCGCACUUUACAACCACCAUCUGUACUACGUGACCCACGCUGAGGAAGUGCAGGUGGUAAAAUUCGACCUGGCGAGUGGCUUCAUCACAGAUAUCGCCAUGUUUCCUUUGGCCAGCGUCUCUCCGGUCUACUCCCUCAACCCGGAGACCAUCGCCGAUCUAGCCGUAGACCACCAGGGCUUGUGGCUGCUCUACUCCUCCAACGAGAAAGAACCAAACAUCAACCUGGCCAAACUGGACCACCAAAGCCUGGACAUCGAGCAGAUCUGGGACACAGGAUGCCCCCGGGAGAAGGCGGAGGCGGCGUUCGUGGCGUGCGGGGUGGUCUAUGUGGUUUAUAACACGAGGUUGCCCAGCAGAUCUAGAAUACAGUGCGUUUUCGACGUGAACGGGGUGGUGGUGAACGAGGAGGCCCCGCUCAUGUAUUUUCCGCGGAGGUUCGGGGCCCACUCCAGUCUGAAGUACAACCCGGAGGAGAGGCAGCUGUACGGGUGGGACGACGGAUAUCAGAUCAUCUACAGACUCACGAUGAAGAGGAAGAUGAUGGCCAGAAGGUAG